CAAAUAUGAGCGUGUCCUUCAUGGUUAAAGAAUAUUCUGGGAUUUUGAAAGAAGCUGAGCAAGCUGUAUCCACUUCAAAUAAUGGCUGAUAUUCUGAGCUAUGUAAUUUGCCUUUUAACGGGACUACAUUCAGUUAUUUGUUGUGAUCCGACAAGAUUGUAUAUGAGCGAACUGUGUAAUCCUCCUCACGACGAGUAUAACAUAUCAUGCUCGAAGCAGCUUCCACGUAACUUCGGUUAUGGCGACUGCACUUUAUUUUUUGAGAAAAAUACUCCACGAUGUCUGUCAAAGAAGAUUCCAAUACAGGACAUGAAACAGAGCAGCCAAACCUUGUAUCUCAAAGUCUACCAGUUUAACAAUUUCUAUUAUGUCCGACCUUCAUUUAAUGUCACAAUGACAAAUAUUAAAUGGAAUGCUUUGAAUUUAAAAUUUACAAUUGAUAAUGAGAGUGUGUGCAUUGACCUUUACAUAAAGAACAGCAAACAUCUCUCACCUGAGUGGUCUAUGUUUUAUGACUGCUCAUGGUACAAUCAAUCAAUUGAAGGCAGAUAUGUAUUGCUGGAAUACAUGGCGAAAGGGAAAGAGUAUAAAGAAGCAAGGAAGUUCAGUUUCAUAACUCCAGCUGCCAAAAAAUUGGAUCCGUGCAAUAAAUCCAUAGAAUCUCAUGAAACACUGACAUAUCUGGAUCUCACCUCUAGACCUCAUCUUACAUUACAUAUUCAGAAGUUGCCCACACAUUUCAAAGUCCAUGAAUAUGAGGUGAAGCAGUGUUCCUGCACUGAAUGCAACUUCAAACAGAACUUUGAAGACUGUGUACAUAUAGAGACCAUUGAGGCUGGAUCAGAAGAAGAUGAUGAACUUCUGGUGCCAAUUAACAUAGCUGAGGAAUCUGGAAAUUUCUUCUACAUUGUAUAUGCAAAUGUGAAAAUUCAUGAGAACAGAAGUUACUAUAUAUCUCGUACAGAAACAUUGACAAAUGUGAACCUUAAGGGUAUGUUAACGUGGCUGUCUGUAGGACUUGUUAUGCUGCUGUGUUUCUUGAUAAUUGGAUCUCUGCUUGGGACAAAAUAUGGUGCUAAACUGUUAGCAGAAGGAGUUCAUAAUCUGAGACGUCGUAGAGUUCUCCUGCUCCAUGAUCCAGUACACAGAAUUCAUGUGUAUGUAGUGACCUGCCUGGCACAGUUUCUUGAACAGCAUUGUAAUAUAGAUGUUUCGCUUGACAUAAGGGACAUUCCUCACACAGAAAAUAAGGAUCCAAUACUCUGGUACAAUUCAGAAAUAUGUUCUGUCAACUUUGUUGCUAUAAUUUCUACUCCACCAUGUAGUGAUGUCCAAGAGGCUAUAUACAAGGAUCUUCAUAUAGUUGGUCUGAAUUUUAUGAAGGAAUUAUUGCGGAGUAAAACACCAAAAACAGAAAUAUUUACUAUCAUACUGCCUUAUUGCAAUGAAACUGGCAUUCCUGCUUUGGCAAGACAUUUGAAACGUAUCCGGCUUAUGAAAGACUUUGACAGCAUGAUAUCUUUAAUCCAUAGUGAUAUUUCUGAUACACACUUCUCAUGUGGACAACACUUUUGCAUAAGAAAAGCUCUAUUACGUAAAAUUCAUCACAACUUAAAAAUUCAGGGAAAUGAUCUCAAGAGCUCUAUUGCAGAAAUGGAAAACAUUAUAAAGCAGAGCGGUAAAAAUGGACAUGUUUUGAAUGGCCCUGUAUAUAAAGAGUUGAAGUCUGUAACAGAACCUGAAGAAAGACCACUGACUUUGGAAAAACCAGCGAUUGAAAUACGAAAGAAUGGAGAGCUGCAUGAUGAAAACAAUAUAGCAAACACCAAUGGCAUGAAUAAAAUGGAAUUCAAUCUCUCAGAUAUUGAUUUGAAUGGACUGGAAUAUUCAGCUGAAGUAGCACCAAGAAACUCAAAUUGUUAUUCUCAGGCCUAUGAAUUCUUUUGUGAUAAUCUGAAUCUUUAGGCUAAGCUCAGCAUGUAUGCAACACAUUGGGAAGUCUCUGAAGUCAGUUAUCCUCACUGUGAUAGCAUUCAUUAUGUCUUAAGGAAGCAAAGAAUUAAGCAAUACAAUAACCCAUAUUAUCAUGCUUCAUCACUCAAGAUAUAUGCUUGCUCUUAUCUACAUACAGUAUGGCCCAGUAUAAAUUGUUUUUAAAUGUAAAUGUAAACCUCAGCAAGUCAUUUUUUAGUUUCCUUUCCUUCUUUAGAAUGACAUUUGAUUAAAUUUGGAAUAUUUAGAAAACUAGUCAGGUUGAUUGAAAACAUGUGUGAAUGAAAUUUAAAUUAAAGCUCAUGUAGGAGCUGUACCAAGUGACCAGCAUGAUAAAUUUUAAAGCAGCAGUAUGAAAUAAAAAUGGUAUUCAAAGUGCAUGUAAGAACAGAGAAAAAUUGGAAAUACACCACUCAAUUUACAAUCUUUUAUUUCCCAACUUCCUUCCAAAAUGUUAAAGACUAAAAUGUAAAGCCACGUCUCUACCUGGUAUUAUCAAUGAGUGGGUAACUUAAUAUUGCACCCUGAAGGUAAAAAAAAUUAGGUUGUUUUAGGAUAAAAUGCUAAGAACAUUGGACCAUGGAGAGAGAAGCCAAAGGCAAAACACAACACACUUCACAACCGAAGGU